CAAAAUCUUUCCAAGUCGUCGUCACCGGGUGAAAUCAGCGAAUCAGUUUGGCAGGUGUACUAUCACCUUGCUAGCCCAACUUGCACUGGAUUGUUGUUUAAAUGAGAAUUCCAUCUCCAUUUUUCUAGAAUAUUUUCUGGUUGCCUAGAUCGCUCCUAUUCGGCUCAUAUCUACCUUCUCCAACGCUUGGCCUAGAAAAGCCCUGAAGGACAGCAAGACGGCGGGCAAUAUCAUCGCAGUUCUCCAGGCAGAUAAAGGUCUUUUUUCCAGUCAGCGAAUCGUCAUAUACAGGAGCCAAAACGCAUAGAGGUUGAAGGCUGCACCAUCUUGCGUCGAACUUUGCAUCUAGAUACCCCUGCGAAAGCCAAGGCCUUGGGUGGAGUGAGCUUGUACUCCCGGUAUCUCGGUUCUACUAGUUACAAUGGCUGAGAAAUUCAUCCUACGGGUGACCGCCGGGUCUGACUACGUCGUGAAAAGUCACCAAGUGGUUCCGGUCAACUCCGCGGACACCAUCAUUGUCAGCAAUGAGCAUAUGGACGUCGAGCUCAACGUUCGGGUACAGAACUAUCGUGGCCUCCCCCGGAAUUCCCCAGAAACCUCGGCCUACUUCUCAACUGCACCACACGACUAUAACAAGGACCAGUACAGCAUCUGCUUCCGCUUCACACCGAAGAAGCCCGCAGCCACUGUUGAUCAGCCUGAUUCCAAGGACCCCAGGACCGGAGAUGAGACCACUGAAAAGCCCGCUAUCAACGGUAUCUCCGCCCAAGAUUUGCAAUUCGGCAACGACUUUGAUCACCCCAUUCGGGAUCGUCUCCCACCCGGCUUCAACACCGCCCUGAGCAUUGUCAAGUGGUGGAUCGACCCCGGUCUCGACGGCGACGCCUACGCCGACGAGCCUUAUCUUUACGGCCCCGCCCUCUCCUCCUUCAACUCUGUCCACGUAGGCAAGGGCGAGUACGACCCCAAAAAGGGCGGUCUUUUUUUCGAGGAAGGCGGCGACGAAGCAGGUCUCGAGGCACGCAGAGCUAUCGGCGCCCCGGACACGAGCAAAGAACGCAUGAAGUGGGCACUCAAGAAGGAAAGUAAGGAGAAGUGGGUCUUUGAGUACGGCAAGACGUACGGAGUGGACUUCUUCAAUCCCUACCUCGACUUUGGCGACUUUAGCCUCAAGUUACCCGGAUUUACUCUGCCCAUUAUGAAGUAUUGGGAUGGACAAGGUUUGAGAUACGUGCUCCGUAACAAGUCGACUGAGAAUACGUAUCUGGUUAUUCUGUUCUCGCUGUACCUCAAGGAGGAUGUUAAUGAGGAUGGUUCGUUAAAGCCGGCCGCGCUUGCGAAGGGCCCCUCGACGGCUGGGUUGAACGAGGAGAGUAGGAUGGGUAUGGAGACGGAGCAGCAGCCAAAGGACAACUCGGCGGCACUGGAGGAGGCGCGGAAAAGGUUUGAGGGGACGCGAGAGUAGACCAGUGCAGAUGAUGUCGAUUGAGUACGAUGUGGAUUAGGUACGUUUCUAUUGUGUUACAGCUUCGAAAAGGGCUGGCAAGGGGAUGCUAAAGUUACAUUAGAGUCACAAGACAGACGGUUCCACCAGUCAAGUGUCCAGGAUCAGAAAUUUGCUUAAGCCACAACACUCGACCCUCACACGCCGUAGGCUCUGCAUUCGAUGAGCAUGCAAUGAGUGUUACCCAGGUAGAUCCCUGUAUGCAUAAAAAUAAAAAUUUUACACCAUGGACGUUUGAUCACAUUAAUUAUGGACAUGUGGGAAUGCACGAUUGACUGCAUAUAGUUGAGUUUUGGCCAGUCGAAUUUUCGGGCUUUGGGUUGGAGUUUUCUGGAAUAGGGGCGAGUUUGAGGUACUUCCAUGUUUUCCC